AUGAAGAAAGGGGGGAGGGGGGAGGCGGCGGCGCUCCGGUGGACGCGGCGGCGAUUCCUCUGGGUGCUCUUGGCGGUGGCUCUCCUUUACCUGAUCUUCUUCUGCUGCGAAUUCCCCUUCCUCUUCGGUUGGGUAGAUUCGACGUCUUACACCAACGACACCUCUGCUUCGCGCGGCCACCUUGGCGGUGCCCUGCAGCGGAGGCGUCAGCCCCUGGACAGCGAGGUGGAGAAGUACGAGAAGGAAGCCCCUGUCCGCCCCGAUAAACUUUCUUUACGAGUCACCCCAUUCAUUGUCCCGGCCAUGUCCGAUCAUCGCGCUGUUCGCCGCCGGCGCAUCUCCUUAGAAGUCUCCGGUCUGAUUUUCCGGCCUGCCGACGACCACGGAGGCCCGUUGUCCGAGCUCCGCAAGACGGCGGGGGCUGCCUGGGAGGUUGGCGGGAAGUUGCUCAGGGACUUGCAGUCGGGACAGCUAGCUGCUUCCCUAGCGCAAGCCGCAGAAGAAAAGAAUGGCACGGAGGAGGCCUGUCCAAACUCGAUCUCUCUGUCUGGAACGGAGUUCAGGGAGAGAGGUAGGUUGAUGGUCCUACCCUGUGGGCUGGCCCUCGGGUCUCACAUCACAGUCAUCGCAAAGCCCUACCCAGCUCACGCCGAGGAUGAUCCAAAGAUCGCGUUGCUCAGGCAGGGAGAGCAGGCAGUCAUGGUCUCCCAGUUCAUGAUGGAGCUGCAGGGUCUCAAUACGGUGGACGGCGAGGAUCCCCCGAGGAUUCUCCAUUUCAAUCCCCGGUUGAAGGGGGAUUGGAGCGGGAAGCCCGUCAUCGAGCAGAACACCUGCUACAGGAUGCAGUGGGGAACCGCGCUACGCUGUGAUGGGGCGAAGUCCAGGGCCGACGAAGAGGCCGGUAGGUUUGAUUUUUUCUGUGCGAUCAUAUUUUGGUUCACCUCUGACGGAAGAUCGCUAGCUCCAUUACCGCUCAGAUACAAACCUUACAGUAGGUUGGAUUGCUGGGGAGGGAUGCUCUCUAUUGGAUGAUGCUUCGAAUUUCUUCACCGCCAUUUAUGUCGUUGUUUGACCGCUGGCGUUGAUGAACUACUCCAAUAUCAGAGUCAACUGCUCAAUAUUUUAUUUCGCGCCAUAGCAAAUUUAUCUUCGGCAGGUUUUUCACUCCUCUGUGCGUUGACCGAGCCAUGCUCUUCAUGCAGUUGAUGGGCUUGCGAAGUGCGAGAAAUGGAUGCGGAAUGAUGACGAUCUGUCAAAAGAAUCACAGACGAGUCGGUGGUUGAACCGCCUGAUGGGUCGGACGGAGGAGCUCUCAGUCGAUUGGCCAUACCCAUUUGUAGAAGGCAGGCUGUUCGUCCUCACCCUUGCCGCUGGCCCCGAAGGCUAUCAUGUUCAUGUCGAUGGGAGGCAUGUUACCUCUUUCCCAUACCGCACGGUGAGCACGGUCUCGGUUCUACCUUCAUUUUAUACGAUCAAAUCUGAUGCGAUUGCAGAAAGAUGACGACUUUCCUUCUGUUUUCUGAUCAGGGAUUUGUUCUGGAAGAUGCCACUGGUCUAUCACUGAAGGGGGACAUCGACGUCCGCUCUGUUAUCGCGGCGUCCUUGCCUGUAUCACACCCGAGCUUCUCCCCCAAGAGACAUCUGGAGAUGUCUGCUCAAUGGCAGGCCCCCCCGCUGCCGGAUGAACCCGUUGAGCUAUUCAUCGGCAUUCUUUCAGCUGGCAACCAUUUUGCUGAGCGAAUGGCCGUGAGAAAGUCGUGGAUGCAGUCGAUAAGAAAAUCGCAGAACGUCGUGGCGCGGUUCUUCGCUGCGAUGGUAACAUCCGAGGCUGGAGUAUUAAUUUUUCAUCAUAAUUUAGCAUUUAUGGGUAGGAGGUCGCAUUAAUACUCAUCCCUUUCAUCACUGUCCAGCAUGCGAGAAACGACUUAAAUGUCGAGUUAAAGAAGGAAGCAGAGUUCUUCGGUGAUAUUGUCAUCGUCCCGUUUAUGGAUAGCUAUGAUCUCGUGGUUUUGAAAACUGUAGCUAUUUGUGAGUACGGGGUAAGCAUGACCAUAGCAAAAGUCGCCUUCUUGCUAGUUGCUCUGAUGGGUUUUUUUUUUUUUUUAAUUGAGAAAGUAUCAACAUGAAGAACUGAUGGUCUCAUUCGUCAUAACAGGUUAACAGAGUCUCAGCCAAGUAUAUAAUGAAGUGCGAUGAUGACACAUUUGUCAGAGUCGAUUCUGUACUUGAAGAGGCGAAGAAGGUCCCAGGUGACAGAAGCCUGUAUGUGGGAAACAUCAAUUACUAUCACAGGCCCUUGCGAAAUGGCAAAUGGGCUGUGACAUAUGAGGUAUAUAUAUAUAUAUAUAUAUUCUCUCUCUCUCUCUCUCUCUCUCUCUCUCUCUCACACACACACACACACACACACACACACACACUGACUGUUUAUGGUCGCAAAUCAAAUCAAAUUUUUUUCUUGAUUUUUAUUUCCACCUUAUAUGUAAAGAUAAAAUUGCUACUGUCACAAAGGGGGGGUCUGUGUAUAUUUAUUUCCUUGAAAUGAUAUCUUGAUGCCCUUUUCGAGGUUGUGUACGAAGCAUAAAAUUCUUCUUUUAUCCAGGAGUGGCCUGAGGAAGUCUAUCCGCCCUACGCAAAUGGCCCUGGUUACGUGGUGUCCUCUGACAUUGCUCAGUUUAUUGUUUCCGAGUUUGAGAAACAGACGCUAAGGGUAAGCUCUGAAGCCUUCUCCUCUCAUAAUCAAACCAUGGCGCUUACAGUUCAUUGAGCCAUCGUCAGAAAUAUGAAAAAUUGCCUGAUCAUCUGUAUAAAAGUCGUAUUUAUGCUAGAUUUAUCUUCAUCCCAGCUUCUGGGCUUUUCAAAUAAUUUCUGGAAGCUCCCAUGGAAUAUGGAAUACCUGGUAACAUAAGGUCUAUGGAGAUUCAGACACAGAUUAGACUGCCCAUCAUCAUCAUCAUCAUCAUAUACAGGAAAAAUCGCUGUUUAUGCUAGAAUUAUCUCCAACCCUGAUUAGCUUAUUGAGGAGAUUAUUCUGGCGUAGAUUAACUUACCCAUCAAGAUCAUCAUGAGAAUAUUUAUUCAUCUAUCGUCCUCCACGGAGAUAUUUAGCUUUUUUUGGUCGGGGACCUGAUGCGAUGGGCGAUCGAUGCAGCUGUUCAAGAUGGAGGACGUGAGCGUGGGAAUGUGGGUGGAGCAAUUCAACAGAUCGACGCCAGUGGAGUACGUGCACAGCCACAAGUACUGCCAGUUCGGCUGCGUCGACAACUACUUCACCGCGCAUUACCAGUCCCCCCGGCAGAUGCUCUGCAUGUGGAACAAGCUGCGGGCGGGAAAAGCCGAGUGCUGCAACAUGAGAUGA